UGAUCAAAAUAGGCAAAUGUAACGAAGUCUCAACGGCUUAUCGAAACCAAAGUUUCAUUUUUCUCUCUCUCUCAUGGCGUCGAGCAGAAGAGGGAAAAGCAGCGGCGGCGGGGAUGGAAUCCUUGCGAGGGUUACAAGCACCGUAUCUGAAUCACAGAUCGUCAACUAUGGCAAACAAGUGGCUUCUGAUGCUACAUUCGUUACGAAAAAGCUAAUGAAGAGCACCGGCAAAGCAGCGUGGAUUGCCGGAACAACGUUUCUGAUCCUGGUCGUUCCUCUCAUCAUCGAAAUGGACCGAGAACAGGUGUUGACCGAGCUUGAAAUGCAGCAGGCCAGUUUGCUUGGCGCACCGCCGGCACCUCCCAAGUGAUUGUUAUUUCAGGUCAGAGGCAUCGAGUUGCCUGUUGGUUCGGACUUUAAGAUUUAAUUUAGAUGCAUUUCUUAAAGCAUUUGGGUUUAGGGUUUUAUUGGUUUUUUUUUUCCCGGUUCCUGCAAUGUGGUAUAAUGGCAAAAAAAGACCCUUUUAGGGUUUUUGUUCUCUUAUCACUUUUUUAUGGAUUACUGGAGUAUUAAAGGUCCAAUUUUCCAAUUGUUAUGCCUUUUGGGUGGGUUUAAUUUGAUAACACAUAAAGAAAUUGUUCUUGGGUCUCGCUGAAAAAUUUUGAACUUAUGUAGCUGAGAUAAAUAUGUUUAACCAUACAUUUGGUGACUUUCAUAUGUAUCUAAAUUCUGAAGCUGGAUUUGUGUGAA